AUGCAAGCGGUUUCUGGUGGUGGCGUUGCUACUGUGACACGGCCACCCGGUAUCGCUCGACGCAACGACGGACAACAGCCGAGUUUAGCUGCAUGUUCAACGGUGCAAGCGACUGCUGGUGGUCGUGUUGCUACUGUGAUGCGGCCGCCCGGUACAGUUCGACGCAUCGACGGACAACAGCCGAGUUCAGCUGCACGUUCAACGGUGCAAGCGGCUUCUGGUGGUGGCGUUGCUGUUGGGGCACGGCCGCCCGGAAUCGCUCGACACAUCGGUGAUCUGCAGCCGAGUUCAGCUGCCUAUUCGUCGUUGCAAGCGGCUGCCGGUGGAAGUGUUGUUGUUGGUGCACGGCCGCCCGGUACAGUUCGACGCAUCGACGGACAACAGCCGAGUUCAGCUGCACGUUCAACGGUGCAAGCGGCUGCUGGUGGUCGUGUUGCUACUGUGAUGCGGCCGCCCGGUACCGUUCGACGCAUUGACGGACAACAGCCGAGUUCAGCUGCACGUUCAACGGUGCAAGCGGCUUCUGGUGGUGGCGUUGCUGUUGGGGCACGGCCGCCCGGAAUCGCUCGACACAUCGGUGAUCUGCAGCCGAGUUCAGCUGCCUAUUCGUCGUUGCAAGCGGCUGCCGGUGGAAGUGUUGUUGUUGGUGCACGGCCGCCCGGAACCGUUCGACGCAUCGACGAACAACAGCCGAGUUCAGCUGUCCAUUCGUCGUUGCAAGCGGCUUCCGGUGGUGGCGUUGCUGUUGGGGCACGGCCGCCCGGAAUCGCUCGGCGCAAUGACGGACAACAGCCGAGUUCAGCUGCACGUUCAACGGUGCAAGCGGUUUCUGGUGGUGGUGUUGCUAGUGUGACACAGCCACCCGGUAUCGCUCGGCGCAACGACGGACUACAGCCGAACUCAGCUAGAUGUUCAACAGUGCAAUCGGCUUCCGGUGGUGGUGUUGCUGUUGUGACACGGCCACACGGUACCGUUCGACUCAUCGAAGGACAACAGCCGAGUUCAGCUGUUUAUUCGUCGUUGCAAGCGGCUUCCGGUGGUGGAGUUGCUAGUGUGACACGGCCACCCGAUAUCGCUCGACGCAACGACGGACAACAGCCGAGUUCGGCUGCACGUUCAACGGUGCAAGCGGCUGCUGGUGGUCGUGUUGCUGUUGCGGCUCGACCGCCCGGAAUCGCUCGACGCAUCGGGGAGCUGCAGCCGAGCUCAACUGCCCAUUCGUCGUUGCAAGCGGCGGCUUCCGGUGGUGAUGAUGCAGUUGUGGCACAGCUGCUCGACUCACUCGUGUCAGAUGAUAUGAGUGUUGAUGCGGCUGAUUCACAAUUGCAAAACACAUCGGCUUGUUUUAACGAGAACGAGCCGACGGUGUCUGCUGCACAACCAGAACCGACUGGUAUUGUCGGGCGACAGCAACCGUUGGCUUCAGCUGUGCUUUUGCGUGACACAGUUGCAGGGAGUUUGGAUUCCCCAAUUAUGUUUUAUCGAAUGUGA